AUGAAACUUGCUGUUCUGGCCGCCGAAUUUGGCAGGGCGGGGCCGCCAUUUUCGGGCGCCCUGACAGUGCGGGCGCUGGGUCACAGCCAGCGCCCCAAUUUCUGGGCGGCAACCCAGCGACCCCACCUUGCUCCACCCUCCAAUGAGCGUCCUCGUCCUGGGCGGUUGGUUCAAGAAAGCAUCGACUCCGGAAUCCAGGAAUCCGUUUUCUUCAACCUGGCAUCCAUUUUCGGCUCCCCAGCAAAGCGGCGCGCAGCGGCCCAACCAGGCGUAAAAUGGCGUCCCUCGCACUUCUCUUCGUUCCCGGCAUGUCGACCGUCAUCGCUAGAGCCGGUCGCCCUCGACACUCAACACCAGACACUCACAACCUCAGACACCCAACGCCAAACACUCAACGCCAUCGCUAUGCCAGCACGUUGCCCGCCGCGGCCGCGUGACCGCAAUGCCGAUUUUGUCAGGCAGUUCACCGCGAAACAGCGAGAAGUCCACGAGGACCGGAUUGCGAAACAGGCAAAGGCCCUCACGGCCGACCAACAUGCCGCUCUCCGCAAGCAGCUCGAGGUCAUUCAGUUCCUUCCACCUGCUUAUGCCGACGCGACUAAGAUCAACGUUGUUGGCAUCCUACGAAAAUGGAAGAGCGGCUUCGAACACUGGCGAAAUGCCGUCAAGGGCGCAAACCGAGCGACGGCGAUGAGUUUCCUCCAGUAUCUUUGUCAAACAUACCGGAUCACAUCGUGGGGCACGUCGUGGCAGUAUUUCCGUCAGUACAAGCAGCUAUACGCCAACGUCACGGGCCGCUACAUGGACACGAACGAUAGUAAAGAAAUCAAGAAGGACGUCGCGAACGUGGACGCUUUGCUUGUCCUGGUGACCUUCAAUAUCCGGUACGACACUGCCAUCUUCCCCUGGGAGAGGCAUCGUAUCCAACUGCCGGGGUGCUAUCUCGGCCUUGCCUUCACAGGAGCACGGCCGGCCGAGUUUGUAGACGGGGAGACGAAGACUGGCAAAGACGAGUACACGAAGGAGAUCUUGUCCCAGAUCGCUGCUACGAGUAUCCCUAGCGACGAAGACGAGGCGCCCGAUGAGGAUUCCAGGCUGCUGGAAAAGAUGAUCUUGCAAGAGUUGGGGGAUCGUGGCCGCCCAAAGGCGCUCUGUUACGAGGAUGUUUUACUGAUGAUCGUAUGCCAUCCGGAAACUGGCGAGGACAUGCUUGUUAUGUACAUCAGACUCGCGCACCAUAAAGGGAUGGACAACAAGCCGAAGCCGACUAUCUUUUACUUUACCCCUACUAAGAGGUUGAUCUUUUGCUUCAUCAGCAUCAUCGUUAGCCUCGCAGUACACGAUCGCGCGUUUGCCGUAUCGAAGUUCACCAACGUCAGAAAAGUUUUCCAAGCCAAGAACCGGGGACCGGUCAAGUGUAUUGCCUUACGCUGGAAAGAGGAAUGGCUCAAGCGGCCUAUUUUCCGCCAGCGUGACAAGUCUAUCGCAGAAGAAGAAUCCGACGAGCGGGAGUAUGAGCCUCUUCCGUACCACAGGCUACUUUACGACAUGGAGUGGCAGUCGCUCGACGCCGGAGAGGAGAAAAAGGUCGAGCCAAAGGCCUGGCGCAGGGGAGCGGCCAACGCAGCGAACGGCGGCCGGUAUCGGAUCAAGGGCUCGGAGAACGAGGCCAGGAUUCGAGAGCUGACCAAGCUGAUCGCGACUAAGGAGCAGCAGCGGAAGAAGGCCGUCCAGCGAGGUUACCGGAAACAUUACUUUCACAACCGCCCGACCUGGGACAUGGAGACUGACGGGGAAGAGGAGGAGGAAUACGACGAGCCGGCCAUCGACCUGCAGAUCCCCGAGCGCGCCCAGUUCGCCGAGAUCCUCUGCAACCAGCCGGACAACUUGAGUUCUACGGAGCUGCUUGAACUCCGUAUCCAGGCGGCCGAGCUCAUGGUCGCCCUGUGCGGUAAACGAGAGACUGUGAAGCGGAACCAUAUCCGACGGAGGGCGCAGACGCAGGCCAAUGUCACAGUGAAGGAGUCUCCCGGGCCAGAUCCCUUUCCGCUCCUGAUGGAUAGGAAGCAAUGCCCGUACUGCAUCGAUGAAAAGCUGUCCCAUGAGGAGAGGACAUUCAAGUACUGUCGACCGGCGGUAAUGUACGACCAUUUCGACAGGAAGCACGCACGACAGCUGAGCGGCGUGAAGCAGAUAUCGUGCAACCACCCAAAGUGCAAGGAGGGGCUGGAGUUCAAGCACCUGAACCAUUACAAAAACCAUGUAGAGAGGGUCCACGACGUCAAACUCCGGGUGUGA